AUGAAGGUGAUCGAGAAGAUACGCGCCGCGGAGCAGGAGAAUGGGAAGACUUUAUUCUCCUUCGAGUACUUCCCUCCCAAGACGGCAGAGGGGGUGGAGAACCUGUUCGAGAGAAUGGACCGGAUGGUGGCCCACAACCCUUCCUUCUGCGACAUCACCUGGGGAGCCGGCGGCUCCACCGCCGAUCUCACCCUCGACAUCGCGAACCGGAUGCAGAAUAUGGUAUUGCCCUCGCCUCGACCCCGCUCCCCCAGAUCUGCUCUGCCCGCAUCGUUCCCGUAAGCGGACUUCUUUGGUCUGUUCGGAUUGAUACCAGCGGCAAGUAGUCACCCCCAUUCACGUCUCUUUGAUGCUAUGUGUUCAACAGAUCGAAACAUCUCGUUCUCGAUCUAGGACCUCUCCUCGUCGACGUUUGGGAAGUUUUUAUGUUUUUGUCAUUUUGUCACGUUAGAGGCCUAUCAGAUCUAGUUAUCUUUUCAGUAGAUCCCAGAUUCUGCUGCAGGAAAGCAAGCUUUUGUUAUCAAGAGAAACUACUUCUGCUCCCAUUUAUUCUUCGAGAUGAUUUGCUCGUCAAGCUUCCAUUAUGGUGAACUCUCAAAAAGCUCCGAGCGACUGUGAAAGUAGGAUAGAUAAUUUCCUGCAGCUUCAUAACAGUUAUAUUACCGCCAGUGCAUUGCAUAAGUUUUAUAGAAUGAUUUUUUUUCUUUCCUUUCUAUCAUAAAAACUGAGGAUUUUUAUCUGAAGGCUGAGUAUGCAGUUCUUGUGAUUCUUUUCUAAUUUUUUUCUCCUUGUAGGUCUGCGUUGAGACAAUGAUGCACUUGACCUGCACAAACAUGCCAGUGGAGAAGAUUGAUCAUGCCUUGGACACCAUCAAAAGCAGUGGGAUCCAAAAUGUUCUGGCACUGAGAGGCGAUCCUCCUCACGGACAGGACAAAUUUGUUCAAGUCUCCGGUGGAUUUGGUUGCGCACUUGAUCUGGUAUUACCAUCCUUCUUCUGAGCAUGUUUACCGAUUUCCCUCUCUCCCCAGAAAGUUUUUUAUGUAGAUGAAGACAAAUGGCAUGUCGUAAUAUUCUUGUUCUGGGAAAUCCUGCUUUACGGAUGAAAAGAUAAUCACUGUUUUUUUUUUGUUUGCAUGGACCUGAUUAUCGUUCAUGUCUUACGAUUUUUUUUCAUGAAUUUAAUGCUAACCGCGAAGUGGAAAUUAAAUCUUUUUUUGUCUAGUGCUGCCUUAACCAUACCAAUGGUAUUCAUGGUAAAGUAAAAAAUGAUGUCUAUCUUCCGUUGUUUCAAUAACUGGCCAAUUUAAAUGCACAUCUUUUUGGAUAAUGUGUAACCGUUGCAUAACAGUUUAUACGUGCACUUUUGUUGCAUUUUCUUAUUUAUUUAUAGUCUACAAUAUAAUGAUUGCUGUCAAAUUAUUCCACAGGUGCAACACAUUAGAGCUAAGUAUGGUGAUUACUUUGGAAUUACAGUAGCUGGAUAUCCUGGUGAGUGUAGAAAAUGACGAGAUCCUGCGCAUUUGGUAAUUUUCUUCAACAAUACGAUCUCAUAGUUUUCUUCUAUCACAGAGGCGCAUCCGGACAUGAUCAAGGGUGAACAAGGUGUCACUGCGGAAGAUUACCAAAAUGACCUUGUUUAUUUGAAGAAAAAGGUAUAUUUAUAUUUGAUUUUCUAUUGUUCUAUAAGUCUUCGAACCCAUUUUCUUUUACUACACACGCACAUAAUUUUUCUUUCUCCCUAUAUUCUAAUGAUCUUCCAUUACGAUGAGUUCUGCCAUGACAAGGUUGCCCAUGAGGUUUUCUCAUAAAAAAUCCUGCAGUCAAAUAAUCAUGGCGACAAUAACUUUUAGCGUCACCAGAUUGUGCCAUUUUUCAGAACGGUCUCUAAUCGACGAAGUUUAAUUAUGCGUUUCUCAUGUCUUCUUGAGCCGUUCAUAUCAUGUCAUCCUUUUAACUUCUUUUUCUUCUCCCUUGGUUGUCUUCUUUCCUAUUAUUGGACUCCAUAUUUUGCCUUGGUCAUAUCAUGAAAGCAGUAUUCUCUCCUGUGCAGGUGGAUGCUGGCGCAGAUAUCAUUAUUACCCAGCUUUUCUACGACACCGAUAUUUUCCUAAAGUUUGUAAACGACUGUCGAGAAAUUGGAAUAUCCUGCCCAAUUGUUCCAGGCAUAAUGCCUAUUAAUAACUACAAAGGAUUCCUGCGUAUGACUGGUUUUUGCAAAACCAAGGUAAAGUUUCGUUAAAAUCACUGUUUCUUAGAUAUUGCUUCGAAGACUUGCAUUUUGGGUAUCAUCCUAAAAUGUACUGCCGGCAGCCUGCUCUGGCUGAUAUUCAUCCUUAGUCUUUAAAAUGCAGAUUUCCAAGGGUUAUCACGCCCUUAAUCGCACAUUCUAUGAUGGAUUUAAAUGCUGAGAUGUCUGUGUGUUUGACUGUGAUAUUUGCCAGAUCCCCCCUGAGGUUACAGCUGCUCUGGAGCCGAUCAAGGACAACGAAGAAGCGGUCAAAGCUUAUGGGAUUCACCUUGGAACGGAAAUGUGCAAGAAGAUCUUGGCUCACGGGAUCAAGACUCUGCAUCUCUACACGUUAAACAUGGAGAAAUCUGCACUCGGGAUAUUGAUGGUGACCAUCUUCCGUCAAGCUUUGCUUUUUUCGGAAAUCAUGUACCUUCGAGUUUCAUGAGGUUUCUCAUCAAUCUUGCACCCUGCAGAAUCUUGGAUUGAUCGAGGAGUCAAAGAUAUCGAGAUCCUUACCGUGGAGACGCCCUACGAAUGUUUUCCGUGUUAAAGAGGACGUCCGCCCCAUAUUCUGGUACUUUACUUUCUCUGGAAAUUAAUAUCCAUCCGAGUUAUGAGCUGACCGACAUAGUGCUCGAAGUCUUCCCUCCUCCCUCCCUGCAAAUGGCAAAAAUCUGUAUAAUCUCUCUGAGCGAAAAAGGAAACUGAUUACAGGGCCAAUCGUCCGAGGAGCUACAUCGCAAGGACUGGGGGUUGGGAACAAUACCCUCGCGGUCGCUGGGGUGACUCCGGCAAUCCGUCCUACGGGGCGCUGACUGACUACCAGGUGAUCAUCCUCUCACCUUCACGAACUCUUCUCAGCGUUGACUAUUCAUCACAUCUCAGUUUGACAACGCAUUGGAUCAGCGCUCGAUCCGAAAACUAGACUCUCAUGCGAACCCACUCGCUGUCACAGUUCAUGCGGCCGAGGUCGCGCGACAAGAAACUCCAGGAGGAGUGGGGCAUCCCCAUCAAAUCGAUCGAAGACAUCAACGAGGUAAGUCAACCGUCGGCCACCUUUGACUCAGCUCGGCGAGUGUCUAAAUUACCGCAUCGUCAUCUGAACCCCCUCCUCCUCCAUCGACGACUCGACAGAGAUUCUCGAGCUACUGCCUGGGCAAGCUCAGUAGCAGCCCCUGGUCCGAGCUGGACAGCCUUCAGCCGGAGACCAAGAUCAUAAAUGAGCAACUGGAGAGCAUCAACCUGAAAGGGUUCCUCACCAUCAACAGCCAGCCAGCGGUCAACGGGGAGAAAUCCGAUUCGUCCUCAGUUGGUCAGUACCACCACCACCACUGAAGUCAAAUCAAGUCAACCUCUCGAAGCUCAAUAUGUUUUUCUCCCCGUCUUUUCCUUUCUCAGGGUGGGGCGGCCCGGGGGGCUACGUGUACCAGAAGGCCUACCUGGAGUUCUUCUGCUCCAAGGAGAAGCUGGACGCGCUGGUAGAGAAGUCCAAGGCGGCGUCGUCGUUGACCUACAUCGCCGUGAAUAAGGACGGCCAGAGCGUAUCCAACGUUGGCCCGGCGGAGGUCAAUGCCGUCACCUGGGGCGUCUUUCCCGCCAAGGAGAUCAUCCAGCCCACCGUCGUUGACCCCGCCAGCUUCGCCGUCUGGAAGGACGAGGCUUUCGAGAUCUGGACCCAGGUCUGGGCCUCCCUCUUCCCCGACGGCGACCCCUCCAAGCAGCUCCUAGAGCAGGUAACGUCGAACCCCCCCCCACCGGAAUAUUCCCUCGCUUAUUCCAUUCCUUUGGCUGAAUCCUCAGGUCCAGAGCAGCUACUUCCUGGUCAGCCUCGUGGACAACGACUACGUCAACGGCGACCUCUUUGCGGUCUUCAAGAACAUAUGA